GCAACGCACGAUUGGGUUUAGCCCGCGUAGUCGCGCUUUGCCGACAAGCCAACCAUUUGCGUAGUGUAGUAGCAGGGCCUGGUAACAAGGCAGCACACGCCUGCUGAGCCUGAGUUCAAUUGUAUCGCUGGGACUCGUCCUUGAAGCGGUCGUGGCACCCUCAAGUCUCCGGAAGGGUGGGCCAGCCACCCACCCGCACCCCACCCCCAUGGCGUCUGCCAGCCGGAGCAAGAGCGUCGUGUACUGGUGCUUGUCGGUCAGAUUGAAAGCACAUCGGCGCGGUGUUGACGGCGGACGUGCUGGCCGGCGUCAGAGAGGCGCAGGAGGAAGGUGGCUCUUGGCAAGGAUGGCUUCGUUUGUGUUGGACGAAUAGAAUAGGUGUGAUGGGGCAAGCCAGGGGAGGGUGCGGCAGGAUCAAGUUAGCUUACGGCGAGUGGACAGCUGGCGAAGACUCGAAGAGCCGACAGGACAGUUUGCGCCGGGCAUGCAGGCAGCAGACUUGUGUGGGGAAGGUGCAGACCCUGGGGCUUGGCAGGGGGCGGUGUGUGGGUAUGCACACGGCAAGCUCGGGCACAUCGCGGGGUUCAGUGGCUGACUGCCAAGUCUUGUGCUGUCAGGUGUGCGUUGGGUGCGCGAGCCAUCCCAUAUGUACUUGACCGAGACCAGGCGGGCAUGCGUACAGCGGCGCCGGCUGCGCAGGCUAGAAGAGGGGUUGACGCCGCACGGCACGUUCAUCUGCCGCGGCUCAUUCCCGCUUGGGAACAGGGGUAUGGCCAGUUGGCCACGAAACCGUGGGGAAUGACGUGGCGUCAGGUGGAGGGUAGUGGAUUCCAAACUGGUCGCACGAUGAAGGUACGACGUGACAGGGCGAGGGAAGCAAUAAGUGGCAGAGUCCCACGAAACACAGUGAAGGGGGUGCGUCGGCCUUCCGGCCCCAUGCGAGCACGGGUAGGGAGCGCAGCCGCGCACGAUGGCGGAGUGGUGGAGACUGGGGCCCCAAUGUUGCUAGUCGUGCACAUAACUCAUUGGGCUGCGCUCUAACAUUUACCCUCUGUCGCCAAGCCACAGCACACGCGCUCACAACACACACGGGAGGGCCGCUGCCACGCUGUGCCCUUCCCCUGGCUUACUGGGAUUCAGAAGCAUCCCCACCAUCACACCAAUCACUCUGUCGACUGGGGUAAAAACUUGAAAGGCCUUUGGGCCAUGGUGCGGUGCCGCAGGGAUAGGUCCACUGGGUCCCAGAUGGCGCGAGCGUGGCCUGCCCCACCUGCAGACCUGCUCGCCCCGGAGCGCUGGUCUCCCGGGGGAUCUGGUCAGUGUCGGGCCUGCUCAGUGUGGGCGCAGGCUUGUGUGUGCACCUGCUGCUGAAUCAGCGAGCAGUGAUCACCACCGAGCUGAACGCGGACGGGGAGGGCGCGUGCGGGGGAAGUUACAGGGUGAGGGUGCAUGGGGUGGAGCCCACACCGCAUCGAUCGUCUAAGUUCGAUGCACAAAUAAUCUCCCAGACGGCCAGACACAAGCGGUGUCAGUAAGGGGCAAUAUCACCGCCAGCGCUAUCUAGCCACCAACCGCUUGGUCCAGCGGCCUAGCACAGCCAGUCCCAUUGCACAUCCAAGCACAGGACGGACCCGGUACGGUGAAUCCACUGUUCGGAUCUGAGAGACGUGGAGGUGCACUGCGCAUUCUCGGGACUUUGCCACCCUGCCCCUUACCCGGUUCCAUCGCAGGUCACAUGUAGGAUGACAGCCGUGGACCAAGCCUGGGCCCCAAAGACUGGGUGUGGCGUGCUGAGGUUUGGUUAGGCCAUGGGGAUGGGCUUCUUCGGGCUCGGGUUUGGGUUCGGCUUAGGCAGCUGGUUAUGGGUUCUGCUUCGGCAACUAGCUUGGGAUCAGG